GUCGGCGACACCUCUGCGCGACACCUCGGACCUUGUGAUACGGUAUGGCGGAGUAUGUUUGAGAAAAACUUCUCCGCCCUGUCCCUCACAAUUGUGUCAAACGGCAAGGAUUCGGAAAAUCGCUGUAUACAAGCGGUAAAUUUUUUCACUUUGUUCAUUGCCUGGAAUAAAAUUUUUUUUGUAUUCCGGCAGUGCUCAAAUUCCAAAAUUUUGAUUUUUCAGUUCGAUGGCUCAACUUCGCCUAUUUGCUUACCAAAUGGAAAUUUCAGCCUAAUGGCUGCUUACAAUCUGUAUGAUUUCGGCUUUGGAGAAAACGAAUUGGGCGAAAAAAUGUCGCGGUUGAAUUAUGGUAGCGCAAUGAUUACUGCUGUUUCGCAAUAUCAUGAUUUCAUCCGAGCUGGGCCCAUUUUUAGCAGCAGCAGUAAAAACCGGUCUCGACAUGGAAUCUGCAAUGUAACUGCUUUUGCUCGAAGAUUGAAUAGUCAAAAUCUAAAAACUCGAAGAUUGAAUAGUCAAAAUUAA